CCUGCUGCUGCGGUCACACUGAAGUGCUGUGCGUCGCGAAAAUAAUUAAUUUUUAGCCCGUAAACAACCCGUUAGCGCAAUGGAGGCAACCAGGAUCACCGUUAGCGGCGGCAGUGCAGUGCCCGUCAGCGCCCCCAAUCCCCCCGCAGUGCUCGGCAACCCCGCAGCUGCGAGCACACUAAUCCAAGUAGGCGUGUUGCCAGCAACAACAACCAUACCAACAAUAGCAGCCACAACAACAACAACAACAGUAGGAAGUACAGCUAACAUUUCAGCUGUAAUUUCGACACCACUACGAAAUCCGAUUCAAAAUCUACCGAUUGAACUGCAAAACGAUCAAAAGCGAAGAAGUUCAUCGCGGACGAUUAAAAGGAAGCGUUUUGAUGACGAAAUAGUCGAGUACAACAUUGCAGUGCCCACGAAUCGCGGCGGAGCAGACCCGAAUCGCAGCAGCAGACCGCGCACCACCUCCCAGAAUUAUCCCGCCCUGGUGGGCGUGCCACAUACCACGUUAGCACCACUUAACUUGCCCAUUUCCACGCCGGAAACGCCGCAGACGCCGGGUUCCGUGGAUUCCAUACUACCCGGGACUCCGAGUACGCCCGCCUCACUGCCCCUGGCUACGCCCACCACUCCCGCCCCUCUGCUGGCCACGCCCCUUUCCUCGGUACCGUCACCCAUUGUUGCCUCCUCCAGCGUUGUGCAUCCCAAACCGCCCGCAAUGGAGCGUCCUUCGACCAGCGAGCGGCGUUCGCGUCCAGUGCGUCCGGCGAGCAAGAAAUCGCAGCGCAAAAACGGUCGUCCCAUGGGCCAGAUGGCCACCAAGGAUCUGGGUCGCUGGAAGCCUAUCGAUGACCUGGCCUUGAUCAUAGGGAUUCAGCAGACCAACGAUCUGAGGAUCAUCCAUCGCGGCGUGAAGUUCUCGUGCAAGUUUACGCUGCAGGAACUCCAGCAGCGUUGGUAUGCCUUGCUCUAUGAGCCCGCUGUGUCCAGGAUUGCCGUGUCCGCCAUGAGGAACCUGCAUCCCGAGCUGGUGGAGUCCGUUCAGCGGAAGGCCCUGUACAGCGUGCAGGAGGAGGACCUUUUGGGCACCAUUAAGAGUUCGGAGCAACCCAAACUGGAGCAGUUCCAGGAACUCCUAGACAAGAAUGCCUCUGUUUUCUACUGCGCACGCACUGCCAAAUCUCUGCACAACCAUUGGCUGCUCCUCAAGCAGUACAGCCUGCUGCCGGAUCAGACAGUGAAGCCUCUUUACGGCUCCGAUCAGCAGCCCCUGAGCUUCUCGGAUGCCGAGGAUCAGAUCUUCGAGCAUGACUUGAAUGAGCCGCGCGACGAGGCUCUGGAAAUGGAGCGAGCAUUGGCCGAUCGGCGGAAUAAACGUGAUAUACGCCUGCUGGAGAACGAACUGUCGCGCUGGGGCGUUCUCGUGGAUUCGGUGCUCAGUCCCACGGCUGCCUCCGAGUUCGACAACCAGACGCUGGCCUGUCUGUGCGGCCGCCAUGUGCGCUAUCUGAUGCGCUCCAAGGAGAUCACCUUCGGCCGCGAUGCCAAGGAGUGCGUGGUGGAUGUCGAUCUGGGACUCGAGGGCCCGGCGGCGAAGAUCUCGCGACGCCAGGGAACCAUCAAGUUGCGCAGCAACGGCGACUUCUUCAUCGCCAACGAGGGCAAGCGGGCCAUCUUCAUCGACGGCACCCCGCUGCUGUCGGCCAACAAGGCGCGGCUGGCCCACAACUGCACCGUGGAAAUCUCGGGGCUGCGCUUCACCUUCCUGGUCAACUACGAGCUGAUCAACGCCAUCCGGCAGGAGAGCGCCAAGACAUCGAAUCCCCUCAACUAGCUGCGCUUGGAGCGAGCUGGAUGCGAGUCUUAAAUGUAUUCUAGUACUUAGUGAGCAGCAAGAAGAGAAUUCUGAAAUAAACACACAGCAUAUGGACAAUAUGUAAACCCAUAAAUCUUUUAAAACGUCGAA